CGGCUGUAAUAUCAACCGGAUAUUUUUCGCACUCGGGCUUCUCCGUUUCCCUCAGCAUUUCCUUUUCUCAAUCAAAAACAUAUAGAAUUUACACACCGGCACACACACAACAACACCCCACUCAGCAAAAAAGCUGAAGAAAUGACAGGCGAUAAUUCGUACUGCUUGGGUCCCAACCCGCGGAGAUCUGUAGCCCUUUUGCAGGCAGAGCUCCCACGAACCCGCUCCCAUUCCCAGUCACUCAUCGAAUCCCCUCGCAUGCAGUUCCCGUUCCUGGACGAAUCCUCAAUGCGAAACCAAGUGGCGGCGGUCCGUUCUCCAGUCCCGAUCCGGCGGAGGAGAUUCGCCCAGCGACCGACGGUCCAGCAGCAGCAGCAGCAGCAGCUGGAGAGGAUCUACAAUCAGGGAGUGCCCCACCUCCUCGACCAGCGGUUCAAUCUUCCCUGGCAGCCCCGCGUCGAAAGACAGACACCCGAUAUGACGGAGGAGGGAGUGCCCAGCGCCGUGGAGCACCGAAUGGGAGCACCCAACAAUGAGGUGGUGGCCAACAGGGACACCAUUCCGCUGGUGGUAGAGCCCCUGAUUGACGAGCGGGCGUGUCCUUGGAGGCGGUGCGUCCACACCUUGCCACGCCUGGGAGUCGACGAGCAUGUGACCCAGCCGCUGCUCUACUUGGCCUUGGAGGCCCUCAGGAUCCAGCAGCAGGCGCUGGACGGUAUGUGGGACUCGUACCGGGUGGGCUCGCUGGGACAGGCCCCCGAUCCCAUAGUCAGUCCCUCGCAGUUCGUGGCCGAGUACAUGGAGCAGCACAUGACCCCCGAGGUGUUCAAUGCUGGGAAUAGACCGCGCUAUGGCUCCUCGCCCGAGACCCGGACUCCGCCGCCCUCGCCGAGGAACACUUAAGACGGCGUCGCCCCUCCCCUCGCCACACGCCACUCGCCCCUUGCCCCACAACCCCCCUUAAUUACCGCGAGGAUCGGCCGCUUUGUGUUGUACACCCGCCAGGAACUGACAUUCCGAAAAUCUCCUGUGGAAUCUCGACGCUCCAGAACCCUUUGAUUUUAACUUUAACUGUAAUCGAUUUCAAAUCUUUAAACUAAAUCCAAUAUCCACGAAAAUCGCAAAA